AAGGAAGAGAAUGUUAAUCAAUUUGACCCAUUCUUCCGACAAGAUGGUUUCAGUAUACUCAUCAACUUCACUGUGAAUCACUCAUUGGGAUCACAGCAAACAACCAGUUACCCUUUACAAGAUUAUUCUUUUCAACCACCUGUGUACCCAGCUAAUUACCAGGAAAUUCUUGAUGGUUCCUUGGAUCAGAAAUACUUGAUUGGUAGUGAUGAUCAUUGUCCUAUUGAGUUAUGGGUUAAUGACACUAUCCAGGCUCGAGGUAAACAAUCAUUGGUCAUUGUACUGAGGUUUGCAAAGAUAAAAUUUUGGAAGGGUACAAAAAUUUCUAUAAACAAAUUUGAGUUGUAUGCAAUCAUACUG